UUCUCAUUCAGUUUACUGUCCAGUCGCACACAUCAUGUUUUUUGUUUGUUAGAAAUUCUUUUAUUUUGUUGUUUUCCUUUCAAAAUUUUUCGUUUCAACACUCCUCCGGCAAAAAGACACCCUAAAUUCAAUGUUUAGCUAAGUAAACCAACAAACGAGGAAGCUCGCUCUUGCAGUGCAGUGUUAAGAAGGUGACUUCUAUAUGAAUUAUGUGACAACAGCAGUACUAAAGAUUGGGCCCAGCGCGCACGAUUUUAGCAAUCUUUUCGAGCGCACCAUAUCCACACCAGGAUGGCCAUACACGAGCAGAUCGACAACCUCAACAUCUGGUGGUUCCCACGCGACUUCUGCCAGUCCCGUUUUGGCGAGUUUCAACAGAGUGGCACCAAUUCGUGCACUCUGAUAUCGCUGAUCCUGGCCGAUAAAGUGGGCAAGGCGGAAAGGUUCUAUCAUCGUGUGGGUGAACUGCCACCUCGCGGCUGGGAGCUAUUCGGGAAUGCAAUGAACGAUGGCAAUAAUGUCUAUCACAAUGUUAUAACAGCCCAUACGCCUUUAUCGCGAAAUCUGAAUCUUAAUAUACCAGACGCAAUAUCGGCUAUACGUUCACAGCAAAAGAUGAACUUCCGGCUGGAGGAGUGGUUCUACACGCAUAUGGAGGCCGAUCCUAGCAACCCCAUGUAUAAUCGCAACGUUGCUAUGCAGCUGUCUCGAAUCUUUCAGAUCACAUUGCAGGUAUUCCAACAGGCGGGCGGUGCUGGUGGUCGGGAGAUGCCAAGCAAUCUCUUUGCCGCGAUUAUUGCGGAUAGCCGCACGGUGAUGAUGACCUUUGAUUUUCGCGCAUCAAUAGUCGCUCUAUUCGAUUCUCAUCAGCAUGGCCGCGAUGCUGGAGCUGUGUUCGCCCAGUGCACCAUACAAAAUAUGGACGAUCUACUAUUCUGGUUCAUUAGUAUGCUGCACAAUGUCUACUCCAGCCGGCCCGCCCUCUUCGAGAUCUCGUUCUUGAGCUCACAACCGGGCGUGGCUAAGCGCAUACCACCUGCCAUCAAGAAGAUUGCGAAUGAGAUUAAAAAACCCACCAAGAUGCACUAAGAAAAGCCGAGCAAUAUCAUAUACAUAUAUAUAUAUAUCUUAAUCUCUAUACAUAUAUUUAUAUAUGUUUAUAUAUAUAUAUAUGAUAUAUGUGUACUAAAUAUGAUCAUGUAUUCAAAUCACAUGCUAUGAGGCAAAAGAGUUUCCCUUGUUUGCUGAUAUCGUUCGGAAUUCAAGAGUAAAAGUUGAAAUUAAAGGCUCGAAAAACCUAAAUUAUAAACAACUAAAUUCUAAACUUCAAUCAAUAAAUUUUGUAAUCUAAUCUUACAAAAAGCAAGAAAAAAA